AUGCCAACAUCAACAAUUAACCCACCUUCACAAUGUUCAAUCAUAGAGCAAUUCAAAACUUCCUCUCCAAGAGAGAGGCAUCCCCAUUAGCUAUGUCAUUGUAUGGGCAAGCAAUUCAAUCAGGAAUGUCAAUUCGUAUUAGCAUGUACCAUCACUAGUGUCAUGCAUAAUGCUUUGUUACAAGUGAGAAAGUUAGAGAAAUCAAAAGAUUUUGUGGUGUUAUCUAUCACCAUCUUUAACACAAUCUUUGAUAUUUAUUUUCUUCUAUCUUUAAUCUUCCUCAUUUAUAUGAUGAUUUUUUUUCAAGUUUUAAUCUACACUUUGUCUAGCAAGCAAGAGAAGUUUAACAAGACAUGUAAGUAUUGUCAACCUUACAACUAUAGAUGUCAUGUUAAAGGAGGUAUGGCCCACUGAUAAGUCUUCAUUAUCAUGAGUUAAUAAUUAGUAAAUAAUAUAGUUUUAGCCUUAACUCAUGAUAAAUAGACUUAUAUUUGUGUUAAAGUGUGAAAAGUGUUUUUCAGUUGAUUAAUGUGAAUUUUUGAGUAAUUAUGUGAUUUUAUAUAAAUUUAUAUAAUUUUUAUAAUCUUACUUUUGAGUUAAAUGAAGAAAAAGAAAUAAAAAUAAAAAUAUAACAAAAUGGGAGGGACCCGCUGGCCAGCCGGGCCCGUAAGCAAGUCAGAAACGCAGUCAGGGAGGAGCCAAGAGUAGGGGCUCGAGUAGCUAGGACCGAUAGGGGCACGUGUGCAUCACUCCCCUUCCACAUCAUCGGUGGCCAACCGACUGUGGGGCAAGGAGUGGUCAUACAUGCGCGACAAAGGGACUUGAUCGAAAAUAUAAUAUUACUAUAUAUUCACUAGAAACUUCGGCACACAAGUGAUAUAGGACUAAACCCACGUCACACCUUCCCUAGAAAGGGCGGCCAACCGGCGCGGGUUCAAAUCUUCUUAGAGCUAAAACUCAUAUUUUUUAUCUGAUUAUUACGACUUUCUUGCAAAUCGUCGGUGAAGGAUUAAGCAACCAAAAUCGCUGGAUCAUCAGCGAAAAUCUCGUCAAUGCAAUUCGCGGAGCAUUGUUACUAAAAUUGCUGAAAAAUUCGCAAUAAAAGGAUUACAAAUCCAUCGAGUAAAGCAUCUUCGAUUGAUCAACGAACAAGCCGUCAUCGAGAAGAGGACAAUCUGCCGAGAGACGAGUCGCCACCUCUUGAGAGCAUACCGGAUGCGAUGAAGAGCCUCCUCUUACUACGCAGACCUGAGGAUGAAGCUCCUUGACACACGCCCCACCUCCAUUCAGCUCAUCUCCAUCGGGUAACAAUUGCCGAAGAGCUGCAAAGUUACCAUAUUUCCGCUCUGCCGAGUAACAGCCGCCGGAGACGAUUCGACGACCCAUUUCAUUGAUCUUUAGACUUCACAAAGAGAUCUAGAGAUUGCUCACGUCGUCCUUGUUCAAGGAGAGCCUUCGAGGCCGUGGACACCAUACAACGAUCCUCUUGAAUGCUUAGGAUUCUAGUGCAUCGUCGACGCAUCGCCGCCGUGACGUCGAAACUCUGUUUUCCUGCUUUCAACUUACUUUUUGUUUCAUUUAGAGAUAAUUUGUGUGAUUUAAAUUUACCAAGAUAUACUUUAUUCAAUUACGAUUCUUUCGGCUUUUACAGAUCUUAAUUUGAUCAAUUAAAUCAUUUGUAAUCACUUACGUAAGAAUCGUUAGGUAGAACUCUGUUUCCGCCCGAUUCACAUUCGUUGGGCGCUAACAUCAUCUUGAUGUAUGCACCCUUAUUUCCCUUUUUCAUAAAUUUUAAAUAUAUUUCUUUUUCAUUUUCUAAUAUAAAAUUUAUAAAAAAUAGUAUUCUUUGAGAAAUUUUUUGAAUAAUUACCAGAUAUUAUAUUACAUCCUUAUGAUCGACCUAGAAAAUUACCGCUAUUUUUGGAAGUUUUAUUGAAUUAUAAUUGAUAUAUUUGUUCAAAAAUACUUCUAAAUAUCUAAAAAUUCAUUUUUUCUAGUUUUAUAAAUUUUCAAUUUGCAUGAUUUACUAUAUAAUAACUAAGUCAUGUCACCCACUGACGCACAAGGUGGUAA